AUGAGGGGUGAAUUGUCGCGUUGCAUACGUGCAAGUGCGGCACGCAGCUGCUGCCCCACCGUAGUCUCUCUGCACUCUGCUGCAACUGCCGCCUCUGACGAGUUUACCUCGUCAUUUAUUCGCCCGCUCAGGGAUGAGGAUAAAAUGUCCUUGAGUUCCUCAUCUCCCCAUCGAUUCCCCAUUUACCAAAGGCCGAGCUAUGCUGCCGCGACUGUUCGUCGCUGGUUCAGCAGGCCGACUCCGAUCUUAACCGUGGAAUCUGUGAGUUGUGCGGUACCUGCGGUGCUCCGCCUGCAGUGUUGUCGCUCGCACAUUAGCUCCUUCAAGGAGGAGGGAUACUACCGCCUCGCACAACUGCGGGAUAUCCAGAUAGACGAGAGUUGCUACACUUUGCGUAUGGUGCGUGGCGGUGGACCGGGGGGCCAAGGGGCGAACAGCAGCAGCAACAAGGUGGAAUUGCGUGCCAGCAUCGCGGCUCUCAGUGAACACUUUGACGAAGAGCUGAUUCGUAGACUGAAGGAAAAUGAGCAGGGCAAGGCGCUUACCGCGGACGAAGCGAUACUGAUUAUUUCAAGCCAUGAGCAUCGCAGUGCACAUCAGAACAAAGAGGCCUGCUUGCGACGUCUCCGAGAAAUGAUUCAAAAGGCCUCGUGGGUGCCUCCUCUGGAGGCGGGUCCCAUCAAACGCCCCACGACGAUCGUAACGGCGCACAAGACAGAGCGGCGAAGGAAGGGCUCUUUGAGGAAGAUGCAACAGACAGCCCGCAAAGGUCUUUGGUGA